UACUCUUUAUGGACAACACCAAACCAAUGAUCUUAAAAGUUUAUUAAAAUCAAAAGCUGUCUGCCUAAAUGAUGAAUACCAAUAAAUUUACAUAAUUCCUUUCACCAAAACCCCAUGUGGUUUAAAAAUUAUUUUGUUUUCCAUCUAAAUAAGGAGGCGUUUCAUUAAAUCAAGAAACUCCACUAAUACUAUGUUACUAUGUGCAGAUUUGAUUUUUUAAAGUUGAUCAAGUCAUACGCAGCUGAUCAAGAGUCUUCGGUUGCUGUGGUUUGAAAUGGUUACAGUGAACAAAGUACGCUUGUUGCAAGAUGUUCCUGUCUUCUUUUCCUAACAAAAGACCAAAGGAUGCUUCAAAAAGCUGAUUUGGUUAUUAUUGGAAUCUGUGUUGGCUUGGCAGCAGGCAUACUUAUAGCUUCUCUCGUAUUUUUUGGCAUUCGUUGGUACAAGAAACGUGCUCGUCUUCAGCAACGUGAAAAUGAACGUUCUCCUUCUACUCUUCCAAUACGUAGACAUGGCUUAAAUACGAGUGUUGAUUUUAGUGCAUCUCUUUCAAGUUCUAUGACUAACGGACCUACCGAGCCCAUCCAGAAACCCCAACAUUCUUGGUGGAAUAAUAAUUCCAAAGACCGAUUUGCUUCUGUAUCUGGCAUUCUAAGAUACUCGUACAAAGACAUUCAGAAGGGGACACAGAACUUCACUACUAUUCUGGGACAGGGUUCUUUUGGCCCUGUGUAUAAAGCUACAAUGCCUGCUGGUGAAGUGGUUGCUGUGAAGGUUCUUGCAUCAGAUUCAAAACAAGGGGAAAAAGAGUUUCAAACUGAGGUUUCUUUGCUGGCUAGGUUGCAUCACAAAAAUUUAGUGAAUUUAGUCGGAUAUUGUGUUGAUAAAGGGCAACACAUGUUAGUAUACGAGUUCAUGAGCAAUGGAAGCUUGGAGAACCUUAUAUAUAAUGAUGUGGAACAAGCAUUGAGUUGGGAAGAUCGGAUUCAAAUAGCACUAGACAUUUCACAUGGCAUUGACUAUCUUCAUGAUGGGGCAGUGCCUCCUGUCAUACAUCGAGAUCUUAAGUCAGCUAACAUAUUGUUGGAUCGUUACAUGAGAGCAAAGGUUGCUGAUUUUGGGCUAUCGAAGGAAGAGCAUUUUGAUGGCCGCAACUCGGGCCUUAAAGGUACAUAUGGAUACAUAGAUCCCAUGUAUAUAUCCACAAACAACUUCACAACAAAAAGCGACGUGUACAGCUUUGGUAUUCUACUCUUUGAGCUCAUCACAGCCAUCCACCCCCACAAGAACUUAAUGGAGUAUGUCAACCUUGCCUCCAUGAGCCUGGAUGGUGUGGACGAUAUAAUCGAUGCAAAGAUGGCAGAGACAUGCAACAUCGAAGAAGUGAGGAGUUUAGCUAAAAUUGCUCACAGGUGCUUGCACAAAACACCCAGAAAGCGGCCUUCGAUGGGGGAGGUUUCCCAGGCCAUUGUGAAGAUAAAGCAGCAGAGGAGGCGCCUUGUUAAAGAGGACACCAUGUCUUUGGCAGGAGAGGAUUUAUCGAGGGCUGUGAGUCGAAUCGAAUGCCAACAGCUGGAGCUGAGACGAAUGGGCAGCAUUGAGGAGAGGCCCAAUGAAUGAUUUUGAUUCUUUUUGGAGAAAGAGUUACAGUCUGUAGUGUCUAUAUAGAUUUAGGGGCUGUUAACUGUAAUGUGAGUCAGAACUCACUACUUAAGUUUUUCAAUUAUAUAUACAUCUCUUUUUUUCUCUAAA